UCUAAUAAAUGACUGUGUCUGAACAGACUGUUUGCCACAUGUAGGAUCUGAUGCUGUGAACACACAAUACAUUGUCACCAGAAUCCAGUAUUUCCAGUUGCAGAGAGGAGUAAGAGAAGAAGGAGAGGAGGAAUAAAAUGGCAUGGGUUCAAACCAGAGAGUUUAAAGUGUAUGAACAUGGAGGACGAAAUACAGAGAUCUGUAAACAAUUUACAAGGAAGAUUGAAGAAAGAGUAAAUUGUAAAGUAUCAGUUCGUACUGACAUUCCGUCUUUUCUGUAUGUUCAUGAAGUUACUUAUGUUUUUCAUGACAUUAAGAGUGCACUGAAUAGUGCUGGAAAUAUCAAUUCCUACGCUGCUGUGGUUGUAUUUAGGAAAUUAACACCAUAUGAAAAACCAGACUCCAGUGAUCUCUACUCCAGACCCCUGCCCUUGGGGAUCCCUAAUGAGUUACCCAUCGUUGCAUGCUACUGGUUUGAAAAGAACUGUAAGCAACAACUGUGUGACUGUGAGGAAAACGAGAAGUCUGUAGAGAAGCUUGUUCGCUUAAUAAAAGGAGAGCCGCAAACAGUCACGGCCAGCAGGUCCCCUAGCAGCCAGUCAGCCUGGUGGCCCUCCCUGGGAUUCAGAGACUUCUGGUACAGACCAGAGCCGAGACCAGAGCCGAGACCAGAGCCGAGACCAGAGCCACUUCUCCCUAAUCCAUGGUGUGAAGUUGAAUUUAGUAAUGAUGCUUACAUGAAACUUCAAGAAGAAAUAAAAAAACACCAACCACACCCUAAGGCUUCCACAACAAAUAUUCUUAUUUCGGGCAGUGUGGGUUCCGGGAAGUCAAGCUUUAUAAAUUCUGUGCUCUCAGAACUCAGGAGAGAAGAACUCAGCGGCAGAGAGCAAAACAUUGAAGCCGUGAGACCAGGUGCAGAAACAAGCGUCACACAACAUCUAAAAUGCCACAAAUUCAAUGACAAGAUCAAAAUCUUUGAUACAGCAGGAUUUGAAUUGGAGAAAACAGUAACUGCCACGAUAAUAUUAAAGAAGAUCAUAGAUGGUGAAGUGGCUGAAGACACAAAGUUUGACGAUAUUCUGAAAACAAAAAGCUCAAUGGAAGGAGACAAAAUCCACUGUGUUGUGUUGGUUAUAUCAAUUCAUAACGCUGAAACUGUGGACCCAGCCUUGAUUCGGUGUUAUGAAGAAAUCAUUAGAAUGCUCAGAGAGACUGGAGUACCAUGCAAGCUGCUUGUUACAUUCGCUGAUAAACUUGUCGAGAAGACUGAGGAUUUGAAAAAUCUGUACAGGAGAAGAGAUAUAAAACAAAAGAUUGAAAUGUUAGCAAAGGAGAUGAGAAUUUCAAUGAGCAACGUCCUUGUGGUUUCAAACUACUUCGAGGAGGAAAUUAACCAAAUAAAAGGAACUCUGCUGUUGGAGGCGUUUGCUCAAAUGCUGACGGCUGCAAAACCCUUUCAAGAGAGAAUGUAGAGUAUCACCUGUCACACCUGAAGCACGCUGAGCCCAUUACUCAAUUGGUUAAUUGAUUGCUAAUCGGAGAAUAGUCACUUGGUAUAUAGGGAAGUUGAUUCCUUUGUUUGGAGAGAGACUGGGAGCAGCACGAGGCUGUGGUCCCAGAUACAAGAAGUAUCACCCAGUCAGCGCUCUCACAGAGUUACUUUUUGUAUUUAUGAAAAUUCAAAUCAUACUCUUUGUACACUUUGUUAAAUCCAUUUCUAAACUAUCAGCUUUGCAUAAACAGAAAAAAAUGUCAAUAAGCAGCUUUGAAUUAUUCAGCAUUUAAUCUACUGUUUAAUCUAUCAU